GGGAGCACACACGCCAGCUGUUUCCCAUGCAGGGAAUGGGGAACUUCCGGCUGGGGAGAAGGACUGUGAUGUACACAGUGGAAACUAUUCCCAAAGGGAAGAACCGAGUGCUGGGGACCAUCCAGAUCAUGACCGGGUUCAUACACAUCAGCUUUGGGAUCAUUCUCAGCACCCUGUCCAGUGUAUAUACCUCAUUCUUUGUAUCUGGAGAGAUUCCCUUCUUGGGAGGAGCAUCCUUCAUUGUUUCUGGAUGUCUCUCAAUUGGUGCUGAGAAGAGUCCUACGGAAUGUGCAGUAAAAGGCUCACAAGUCAUGAAUAUCAUCAGUGCCAUUUUUGCGUUACUUGGAAUAUCGUCUUUUAUAGUAGACCUGAGCAUAAAUGGGCCAUUUCGUUCAGAUGAUAACUACAAGUAUUCACUAGUGAUGACAGGCAAUAGGAUCGCCAUUACGCUGUUGACAUUCACCAUUGUAGAAUUCUGCAUUGCAUCGGCAACUGCAUAUUUUUGGUGCCGGGCAACACGUUCUGACUCCAAUGAGGCUAUAUUGAUUGACCCAAACACCGUCAGGACAGAUAAUGAAGUCCCGUCUGUAGAAUCUUCAGUACAUUGUCCACCAAGCUCUGAUGAUGUAAAUUAUUAUUUUAAAGUUGAGGCCGUGUAGAAGACUAGGCUGGAGGAAUUUGUAUGAAGAAGUCACAUCAGCUGCAUUUGGGGGGGGGGCAUAAAAGUUAGCCUUUUCCUGCAUGACAGAGGUCCCUCAUUUUCGUCAGUAUUCUAGCUGACAGGUAAAGGGUCUGUCUCUCUACUUCCUCCUGUACUGUCUCCAUUUAAGCCUGGAAUAACAGACAUGUGACUUGAUAUUUUUUGCCUCGGAGUAAAAGGUAAUGCUUCAUUUUGCAUGGGCUGUGUAUGGAAAUAACCAUAUGUGACACAUGGAUUGCUAGGUGUAAAAGUGAGGUUCGAGGACAAUCAUGAUACCAUACUGGAAAUAGUCACAAAAAGGUUGGUGACCCAGACUGAGAAUAUGGAACUGAAGCCAACAGAUGCC